AACCCUGACUCCAUUAAUCGAUCUUUUUAAGUGGGGAUGUUGAUGAUUUGCUGCUGCUGCGGCGGCGGCGGCGGCGGUGCAGGGUGGGUGUGCAUCGAUAUCGCCGCAGCCCAGUAGUUGUAGCGAAGAAGAAGAGCAGAUGGACACUGUCGCACCAUCAUCGUUGUGUUGCGAAAAGGACUGCCGCUGCUAUGACAUUGUCACCUCUGCAGAUUUGAGCUGUGGUUCUAGUUCGAAGCAGGGAGCGGGACCAGACUCCAGAAAUGGUGGUAUUGUCUCCCAGCAAGACAUGGAGAAUUUGACAACAUCUGCUGCCGCUAACUGUAAGGCGAUUUCUUCGACCAUGAUUCUUUUCCAUGACUUCUCCAUCAGUUCAACUUCUCUUUGGUUUUAUCCACAUAAGACUCAAGUUGGACACGCAUUUCCGUUCGGCGUUUUUCACAAGUCUUGGCAAUAGCAGACUUUUUAGGGCUUUGGUGUCCAUUGUCACUCCUGAUAUCUGCUCAAACAUCUCAACAAUUUCACCCUUUUCUUCGCACCCAACUCAUGAGAUCCAUCAACAUAAUGACCCAAUAACGUUUCAGAAUGCCUUUCACACGGAAUUCUGAGUGGCAAUCAACACUUCGGUGGAUUCUUUGCAAAGAAAAACUAGUUCGUGUCUUUUACGGUUAGGGUCAGAGUGAGGUCUCAAGGCCUCCUUUACAAAAAACAUAUUCCCUGCAAUAUUUUUAAGUAGUUUGUUUUGAAAAGAAAAGAAAUUAAAUUAAAUUCAAACAAGUUGGCUGCACCAGA